CUGUGUGUGCCCAGUCCUCUGACGAAUGGCCCGAAACGCGGCCUCACACCCCCUCGGCCCUUUGUACCCGCCGGAGCCCCGAGCCCAGAGCACCUGUGGGGUGGCCACCAAGGUCAGCCCCCAUGCUCCUUGCGGACCUUCUCUGCAUGUUCUCCGUGCCUCCUCUCAGCCCUGCUCUCUGUCCCAAGAAAAUCCUCUCGCCUGGGGUUUUUCUGCACGUCUGCCACAAUCUCGGCCGUGGCAUUAUUCUCCUCUGCAUCGUCACCAUCGUUUCAGCGGUUGGGGAAGGAAGAGCUAGGGCGUGCAGGCUCCGUGUGGGGGCAUCCGAGAAGGCUUCCUGUGCUGCAAGGCUGGACCUUACGGGACGACCUGAUGAGGCGAAACCUUGAAACCGGGGCUGUUGGGGAUAAUGGAGGGAUCUGGCGACUGGGCUAAGUCGGUGGUGAGAGGGAUCCAAGCUGUUCAGGGCUGUAGGGGAAGGGAGCCCUCCCUGGAGGUUUCUCAAGACUUCUGUGACCUUUAUCACCAGCAGGAAUUAAUGUUUAACCAGCACAGCAGGCUGAACAAGCAAGGACAGGGAACCAUGUGGAUUUCAAGCUACACGGAAUGAUCUGUCCCAGAGCCAGCAGGUCUCAUGAAGAAUAAGCCCAGAAGGAAGUAGGAUUCUCAGCAAGUAAGUCCCUGGCUUCAUACUUCACUGGAUUAUUAUUGUUGGAAACGGCAACAUCUGUACCUCGACUCUUGGUCCCCAGGUCCUGCCCCUGGCGGAGCCCACGCACCAUGAACUCAAGCGAAUUCCGGAGGAGAGGAAAGGAGAUGACGGACUUCGUGGCGGACUACUUGGACGGCAUCGAGGGACGCCAGGUCUACCCCGACGUGCAGCCUGGCUACCUUCGGUCACUGGUCCCCUCUACUGCCCCUGAGGAGCCAGACACGUUUGAGGACAUCAUCAAUGACGUUGAGAGGAUAAUCAUGCCAGGGGUGACACACUGGCACAGCCCCUACUUCUUUGCCUACUUCCCCUCGGCCAACUCGUACCCGGCCAUGCUCGCGGACAUGCUGUGCGGGGCCAUCGGCUGCAUCGGCUUCUCCUGGGCCGCGAGUCCGGCGUGCACAGAGCUGGAGACGGUGAUGAUGGACUGGCUGGGGAAGAUGCUGAAGCUGCCAGAGGCAUUUUUGGCCGGGGAAGCGGGCGAAGGGGGUGGAGUGAUCCAGGGAAGUGCCAGUGAGGCCACUCUGAUGGCCCUGCUGGCCGCUCGAACCAAAGUGACCCGCCGCCUGCAGGCCGCCUCCCCCGGGCUGACACAGGGUGCCAUUAUGGAAAAGCUAGUGGCUUACUCAUCGGAUCAGGCACACUCCUCAGUGGAAAGAGCCGGAUUAAUUGGAGGAGUGAAAAUGAAAUCCAUCCCUUCUGAUGGCAAGUUUGCUAUGCGUGGUUCUGCCCUGCAGGAAGCUAUGGAGAGAGACAAGGCGGAGGGCCUGAUUCCUUUCUUUGUGGUGGCUACGCUGGGGACCACGUCCUGCUGCUCAUUCGACAGUCUCUUAGAAGUGGGUCCGAUCUGUAACAAGGAGGACGUGUGGCUGCACAUCGACGCUGCCUACGCGGGCAGCUCCUUCAUCUGCCCUGAGUUCCGGCAUCUUCUGAACGGAGUCGAGUUUGCAGACUCAUUUAACUUCAAUCCGCACAAAUGGCUGCUGGUGAAUUUCGACUGCUCUGCCAUGUGGGUGAAAAAGAGGACAGACCUAAUCGGAGCCUUUAAACUGGACCCUGUCUACUUAAAGCACAGUCAUCAGGACUCAGGGCUUAUCACCGACUAUCGGCACUGGCAGUUGCCGCUGGGCCGAAGGUUUCGCUCUCUGAAGAUGUGGUUUGUUUUUAGGAUGUACGGCGUCAAGGGACUGCAGGCUUACAUCCGCAAGCACGUCCAGCUGGCCCACGAGUUUGAACAUCUGCUGCACCAGGACCCUCGCUUUGAAAUCUGUGCGGAGGUCACUCUGGGGCUGGUCUGUUUUCGGCUCAAGGGUUCCAACAAGCUGAAUGAAGCUCUUCUGGAAAGAAUAAACGGCACCAAAAAAAUCCACUUGGUUCCAUGUCACCUGAGGGACAAGUUCGUGCUUCGUUUUGCCAUCUGCUCCCGCACCGUGGAAUCUGCACACGUGCGGCUGGCCUGGGAGCACAUCAGCCAGCUGGCCAGCGACCUGCUGGGUGCAGAGAAGGAAUAGAAGCCAGGCCCCAGCGAUCAAAAGUUGAAAAGAAAUAUAUCUGAACACCGUGGAAGAGAAUAGAAGCAUGCUAGCUCCGUGGACCCACACCCACGUGUGGCCUCAUGUUUCCUUCUCUGAAGUUCUCCAGAGCCUUGUGUUUCUGUCUGCUCACCAUCUAAUCAAGGAAGAAAUAUUAUUUGCUAUGUGAAAAGUUAAUCCAGUGGAUGUAGCUUUUGUUCAUUAUUUGGCUGUGACUUUUGUUGAUUCAAAAAUCAUAGGUUUUCAUGCUCUUGAAAAUGUCAGUGGUAGGAGAAGCUUACUGAACUAUUUUCCAGGGCAUUCUAGGAUCGUGGGACUUGAGAUUAUACCUUUAAAUUGUGGCCUUUAAAUUGUUCCAUCCUGUGGCUCAAUGCUUAAUAAACAAUUUCGAGUG